AUGACGGAUAGGUCUUAUUCACUCCGCGAAGAGGCGGACCGUAUCUUCCGCCACGUCCUUCUCAAGGACACCCGCCUCCAGUUACCUUCCAAAGUCCACUCCACCGCCUCCAACACAUCCUUUCUGCAGCCAACAAUAGACUCGCCUUACAUUCCAGUCCCUUUCAAGUUUACAGAGACUAGUUCCGCCCUCUGGGCUUUAGCAGCUACCAUUGGCUCCGCCAUUGCCAAGGACCGGUACAAGGUUGACCAGAAAGCCACCGUCAACACUGACAUCGCCUCGAUGUUUCUGUUCUCCGCAGCCUGCGCCCGGGUCAACGGCAAGACCAUCGGGGACCCAGCCGUGGCGGCGCGCUAUGCCAGGUACGACCUGGGCCGCAUGCACGACCCCUGGCGUCGCUUUUGCACAAACAUCUACCCGACUCGGGAUGGUAAAUGGUUCCACCUCCACGGCAGUAUGAACUCCGACCGCUCCUUGACCAUGGUGGACCUACCAAAAGAGAACCCGGGACUGGUUUCUGCUGAGGAUAUCAUCAGAAAGUACUGCGACACCGUCCGGCAGUUUGAUUCGGACUGGCUCGAUACCGAGGCCAACGGACAUUACCGCCAGGCCGGGACUGUGUGCUUGACCCGGGAGGAGUUCCUGGCUACAGAGCAUGGCAAAGCGACCGUCGACCACCCAAUCUAUUUCCUGGAGACGCGGGACGCCGACGCCAUUCCGCCCGUGCCCUACCCAUCCGUCACCGGCAAGCAGCGGCCACUAGAGGGCCUCAAGAUGCUCGACCUCUCACGCGCUAUUGCCGGCCCGACAAUCGCAAGGCUGGCUGCGCUUUUCGGUGCGACAGUCAUCCGCGUGUCCAACGGCCAGCUACCCGAUAUGGGACCGCUUUUGGUGGACGGGAAUCUGGGCAAACGAGACGUGAGCCUGAACCUAAAGACGGACGAGGGCCGGGCUGCCCUGAAGAGAUUGGUCGAGGAUGUCGAUAUCGUGCUGGAUGGCUACCGGCCUGGCACGCUGGACCGGCUCGGAUUUGGAGUCGAAUAUGUCCACGCGCUAGGGCGGCGGCGUGGGAAGGGUAUUGUCUUUGUGCGGGAGAACUGCUAUGGUUGGGAGGGCCCCUGGGCGUCGAGGUCCGGGUGGCAGCAGAUCUCGGAUUGCGUUACAGGGGCCAGCUGGAAGAUGGGGCGAUUCCUGGGGCUCGACGAGCCCGUCAUCCCGUUGUUACCCAACUCGGACUACCAGACUGGCCUGAUGGGAUUCGCAGGCCUGCUUACAACCAUCAAUAAGCGCGCGACCGAGGGCGGCAACCACCUCGUGAGCGUGUCCCUGAACCAGUACAACAACUUCCUCCUCUCGCUCGGCGAGCACACACCCGAGGUGAAGAAGCAGCUUCUGGACCUACAUCCGGGCUUCAAGCCGCGGCACUACGACGACAUGGCAAACAUGUUCGCCCUUGCCGUCUCGACCUUGCCGGCCAACGUGCCGCGGCUCUUCCAGCCGUCCUACUUUGGCAACAUCGCCAGCAGGUUCGACGGCGACCGGGACGACACGCUAACGUACCUACUGGGCGCCGCGAGCUACGACGUCUCGGAGCUGGGGUAUGAUGUCGGCAGCUGCUUCCUUGGGGCAUAUGAACCGAAAUGGCCGGUGGUGGAGAGUCGUAAGUCGUCGGGUGGCCUGGCUUCUAGGAUCUGA